GAGCAUUGGAAUAUGACUGGGAAGUCUAGUUUCAAAUCCCCACUCUGCCAUGAAACUUACUGAACUAGUCAUUAUUGCUCCAACUAACCUUCCUCAACAAGAGGGGGUCCUUGCUUAAUAAUGAGGAAGAAGGGUGCCAUCUGUGCGUUGUGUCCUCUUGGACCAUCCUAUUAAAACAACAUACCAGGAUGACAUUAAUUGUCAACCACUUUUUAUUAACACUCAUGAAUUUUUAAGUACAAAUGAUGCUCUUAAUAGUCCCCAUUGUCAGUUCCCCCAGGGAAGUCCAACGAUGCAGCCAGAUGUGUUGGCUCAUAAUAAUAAAUCAACUUCAGUGGGAAUAGACUUUUUGCCAAGUGAAUGGGUCUUCUUUAUUACCCUCCAAGACCAAGCCCCCAGUGGUGCAGUGGAUUAAACCGCUGAACUUGCUGACCGAAAGGUUGGUGGUUUGAAUCUGGGGAGUGGAGUGAGCUCCCAUUGUUAGCCCCAGCUUCUGCCAACCUAGCAGUUCAAGAACAUGCUGUUGUGAGUAGAUCAAUAGGUACCGCUCCGGCGGGAAGGUAACGGCACUCCAUGCAGUCAUGCCGACCACAUGAUCUUGGAGGUGUCUACGGACAAUGCCGUCUCUUCAUCCUAGAAAUUGAGAUGAGCACCAACCCCCAGAGUUGGACAUGACUAGACUUAAUGCCAGGGGAAAACCUUUACCUUACUAAGACCAAAUCACCUCAGAAUGCUUUAUAUCACAAUAUUACAUCGUUGCUGGGAAAAUCCAUUUUCCAUCUCUGUAUUGCUGGGAUUGCAGCUAAGGUCAGAGAGAAAAGGGAAGCCAAAGUUGUGAAAGUGUUGGUGGCAGUAGAUGAUGUAAUUGUCCUUUCUGAUUAAUAGAGAUGGCACUUUUGGUGAGUCUUGGCUCCACUACAGCACUGUUUAUCAAGUGCUAGGAAGCACUGUCUUGGGCAUUCCUCUACUUACAGAAAUUUUACAGGUGAAGGGGUACCUUUGUACUACAGAGUCAUAAUGCUUUGGUUCCACUUCAACUGUCAUGGUCCCAUCUCAUGGAAUUCUUUGCUUUGCUGUUCAGAGAGCACAUUUAGAAUACUGAGCCAGAUAGCCUUUGGCAAACUAUAGUCCCUGGGAUUCUGUAGGAUGCAGCCACAGUAGUUAAAAGUGGGAUCAUAGUUGUGUACUAUGGAAAGGGUCAAAGAAUCAUAGAGUUGUAAUGAAUCAUUUGAUGUCAUCUUGAUUAACUCUUGUGAGAGGCUCAUUGAAAAUUCUUCCCAUAACAAUAGGAAAGGGAUCCACUAUAGUCUUUAAAGAUCAACACCAGAUACUGUGCUGUUGACAUAGACUGGCACCUAGUCUAAGAACCUGGUCAAUAAUAAUGCCCCCUUUUUAGUGGAUUUUUUUUUUUUUGCUGAUGCUGUGUAGAGAAUCCGGCUAUAACUAUUUGAGAACAAUAAGGAUUCUCACUGCAGGAAUAUAUAACAAAUGAACAAGGGACUCAGAAAAAUAAGUGGUCAAAACUGACGACUAUGGUUCAUUGAGAACACAUGCACAAUAUAAGCAGUGGUGCCUGGUGGAGAGUGAAUCUGCUUUGGAUUUUAGUCUGAAUUCUGGAAAUGCUCUUCAAGCUCCUGAAUCUUGUCUCCAGGAAAACCUAGCAUCUUGGAUUACUUCUCUAAAGUUCAAACUAAAUCCCAAUGUGGUUUUAAUCUGGUUUCUUGUAAUCACUCUAUCUUUGAAAUUGAGGGGGCAUGGUAGUUAAGCAUUCUUCUGGGUAUGAAUAGCAAUGAAGCCGUAAUUUGUAUCUGUUAUCAUAAAUAACGUUCCCUAAUUGAGAGUUUUAUACUGGUUAAAAUGAUUAAUAAGAGGAACUUUGUUGAUUGAUCUACAUUUACAGGUGGUCCAAGAGUGUAAACUAACUUGCUGCGAGAAUUCAUUCCCUGUUUUCUUAAAAACACUUUAAGUGUGGUGAUAUAACAUUCUUAAACCUACUAUCAAAUUUCUAUAGCUCCUGUGAUAUAGGAAGACCUCAAUCUUUUCCAGGCCCCCUUUUAUCAGUAUUUCGCUCCAUGUUAUAGUACAGGGCAAUAAUGAAAUGUCUGAAAAUGUAUAUCCCUAUUUCAGCUAUCUAGAGGUAAACAGGGAUAUAGAAUUUCCCCUGGGCACUUUUUAUUAAAUCUGAGAACCAUUAGCAGCCUCCCCCUGCUGCUUUCUGUGGAAUAUAUCUGAAAAAGACUCAGCAAUAAUAUUUUGUAAUUGGAGAUUUGUUGCUUUUUAGAAUUGAGAGUUUGCCUUGCAGUGUGCAAAACUGAAUAGACCCAUUCACCUCCGCUGUGGGAUCCUGAACUCUUGCGGCACUCAUGUGUGAAAGAGAUUUUGUUUUAACGAGGGAAGCUGAGAGUUUGCUUUGCUUUGAAAAUACUGAAUUCUGUGUCCAAGUCUCUCCUUCUUGCCGCCCUUCUCCGACCCAAAAGAACACGUUGGUGUGAGAUUUCUUCUUUAGGUUAAAGCUGUAGCAGUAGUAGCAACUUUGCAAUCUAAAUACUGACUUCAGUGGAAAGAGACAUAUCUAAUGCGUGUCUGGCCAUCUGCCUCAAGAUGAAUUCUAAGGGACUGGCUGUUUUGAGCUGUUGCCUACUCUUCUUCGUUUGGGCUGAAUGUCAACAAGAAAAGCCCUCCAAAGCUACUGCAAAGAAAGUCACAAAGGAGCUGAAAGCCAAAGAAAACAAAUUUUCCAGAGCAGUUGGUAAAAAGGUACAGCAGGGAGCAUCAAAGUUUUUAAAGAAAGGCCAAGCCAAGCCCACUAUGACCAUUCCCAGUCAAAAGCAGCCUUCACCUCUGUCUAUUCUAACCCGUGCGGUAGCCAAGGGGCAAUUCCAGAAGGUCACUGACACACUGACGCUGAAAGCAGGAGAAACACUGGACUUGCGUUGCAAGGGAAAAUCGGUUAAAUGGAAAUAUCCUCCUUACCUGGAGGAUGAUGACACAGAGUAUCGUCUCAGGGUCAAAUACUUUCAGAAGCACAGUCAGCUGAUUGUUGUCAACACCACUGCUGCAGAUACGGGCGAGUAUAGCUGCUGGUCUUUCCAAUGCUAUGACAGUGAGUGCCGUGAUGGAGAAGACAAGCCAGGCAAAACAUACAUCUUUUUUACAGAUCCCCUGGAGUUAUUUGUGCCUACAGAAAAUUAUUAUGAAGUGAUCCAAAUGCGUACAAAUCACCCUGCUCUUCUGCCUUGCCAAGUGACAAAUCCACUCGCCAAAGUGACAUUGCACCGGGAAUUUCCACCUGAGAAGGUUGUGGUCGAUGGCAUAGAUAUCUCCUAUGAUGUGAAGAGAGGGUUUAUGAUCCACCGCCCACGUCCUUCCCAUGCUGGCUCCCUCUUCUGCAUGGCCAAUAUGAAUGGAGUGAGGCAGAUCUCUACAAAAUAUAUGCUGAUUUAUGUGAACUAUCCCUCCUCAGUUCCCAAACCAGUUGUUCGAGCCUCAACGGCCUCCUUUCACAUUGGAGACAAUUUCAAUGUUACUUGCACUGUAUUUGGGGAACCAGAAAUUGCUGUUGAUUUCACAUGGGAAUAUCCAGGGCAGCAAAUUGGGAGACCGCCUUAUGUGCGUGAACACACAGACUUGGUGCGACAGGGAGGACAGGUGCAGCAGGAGUCCAAAAGCAUCUUUUACAUCGAUGAAGCUCGUGUUGUGGAUGAUGGGUUGUAUAGCUGUAUUGCUGAAAAUCUUCAGGGCAGCACCACAGUAUCUACUCGUGUUCAUUUGGUUCAAGCCACACUGGCUCCCAGGAAGGCAAAGUCUGGGUAGCCACCUGUGUGACUAAAAGUCCCAAUUACACUUGGGAAUCCAAAAGCUAAAAAGCUGAUAUCAGAAAGAAAACUGGAGAAAGCUCCCAUGCCAUUAAUGAUUGUGUAGAAGAAGGAAUAUUAGAUGUUGCUUGUCAUGCAACCAGGUAACAGGCUAGAUCUGUUGAAAUUCCCUUUUCUACAACCAGUUUUGGUGUAGGAGCUAUGUCCAGUUUUCACCCUUGCAGUCAUAAGAGUUGUCUUCUCUAAAGUUACAUUUAGCCUUUCUUAGUUACAUAAUAAAACAGCAAGAAGAUACAUUUUAAAGUAGACACACACACAAACCUGAACAUUGCAGAUGAAGAUAAUCUUUUAAAAUAUUCAGUAGUUUUGUCAAGUUGUUGCAGAGCCUGGAAAUCCUUUGUGUGGAACUACAGCUCCUCGCACCUCUAGCCAGCAUGGCCUGGUUGGGGAUUAUAGAUCCAAUCUUUUAAAAAGCUUUCUAGCUGAGACUUGCUAUUGUGGGUCUUCAUUGCUCCAAAUAACCUAUUUCAUUGGACCAGAUUUUACAAAAUGGAAGUCUGUCUUCAGAUUUCCGGUAUCUUCCAAUUUUAGCAAGCCAUAAGAAUAUUCACCAGACUACAGAUCCCAAAAUCCUUUAGGAUUUAGCCAUGGCAUUUCAAGGGGAAUCUAGCACUAUAAUUGUGUAGUGAGAAAGGGCCAGCUGAUCUCCAUUGUGCCCUCUUGCCAGUGAAAAUCCUGUUUAAGAAAGUCUGAGAUCCCAUCUGAUUUUGAAGGGUGAGCUGAGCCCUGGUUAGAUACCAGUAGGAAGCCAUCAACAAAUGCCAGGUGCUGUAGGCACUAUUUUAGAGAAAAGAACUGACAAACCACCUCUCGAGUCAUUCUUGCCUAGGGAAACUCUAUAGAAAUUCGUGGCACCAUCAGACAUUAACAGGUAACUUGAAGGCAAGUGCAUGUGCACACACACACACACACAUACAGACAACAGUUGGGGAUGGGGGCUUGAAUGGUAAUAAGGAAAAUAACAUGGAGAGUAGAUCUCACACAAAUAGUCAAAUCUGGACAAACACACAGACCCUGCUGAUAUUUGUCUGUACUAAAACCUUUGGGAGACCAAAUCAUGUAACUUCUGUCAAAUUUUGCAUACAUGUAUCAUAUACCUGUUUUUGAGCUAUAUUACUUUAAUGAUUGGGAUGGAUUCAUGUGACUGAACAAUUUUCCUCCACUUCCGUUAAAACAAAUCCCUAUACAUAGAGAAUAAGAAUGUCUGGGGGAAAGUUAAGCUUAGACUUUUCUUGACAUCUAGUUUUCCAGGCAGAUAGAAAGUGUUUGCAUGGAGGAACAGUUAUGCUUGUGAAGUUCCCCCACCAUUUGAAGUGGGGUUGUAGGUUUAUUUCACGCCUUCCCGGAAGGAUAAACCCACUACUAGACAGCUGUCUGCAGUCCAGACAGCUGUUCUGCAAUUUUCCUUACUAAAUUAACCCGGAAAACCGCAAGGACAACAACCCCCUCCCCACACCCUCUUAAAUAGCAUCAAAAAAGUAAAAUAACUUACCCAGCUGGCAUUCCUCUUCUGCCGGCCCUCUCCUGGCACUUAGGAGCGACGUGCCAGGAGGAAGGGGGAGGAGGAGGAGGAAAACCACUCCUGUCCCUCUCUUGGCACCUCAUUCCUAAUCACCAGGACAGGGCUGGCAGAAGGGAAAUGCCAGACAGGUGUAUGGGUGUUUUCCUGGAAGUUACCGGAGAACAUCUAGACAUCUAGCUGCAAAAGCGCGGGCUUUUGUGGCUGGUGUGUGGACUACAGUCCACCCUGACCUGGGUUUUUUAAACCCGGGUCAAAGCGGACUUUUCCACUGUGUGGAAGCACCCUCUCUCAGUGAACCAUCUUUAUGUCAACUAACAUGAACAUUUGAUCUAUUGCUGAGAGAGAUUUCACAUAGGACAAUACUCAGCCUUUCCUCCUACUUGGGGUAGGAAGGCCUCCAUUGGAAGUUGAAAUUUUCUGUCACGAAGACCAAAUGGUGGAAUUAACUCCCACCCAAAAAGAAUCAAUGAAUUUUUUAAAAGUAUAUACUUGAGGCAAAUAGCAGGUAACUGCAUUCAUGUAGGUUUAGACUACAUCCAGAGAUCUUGCAAAAUUAAAUCUGAAAAUGCAAAACACAGUCCUUGGGUUGUGUAUGAGUAAGUAUAAAAUUCCUUUCUUCUAAAGCAAAAACAAAAUAACUCUCCAAAUGUGCAAAUCAAUUGAUGUAUGUUUUGGUUUAACAGUUUCUGAAACAUUAAUGACAGAGUAGGCAUAUACUGAGGGCAGAAAGAAUCAAACAAAAUCUUGCUGAAAUCAACCAUGUUAUAAGUCUGCUUUCAAAUGUAGGAUCUAAAAGGUUCAAUUUUUAAAAAAUGUGUCUAACUGGUUCUAUGUUAAUUCUAUACUAUUUCUAUAAACUUACUAAACUAAA